AGUCUCCAGCUCAGGCAGGAGCGCAGCGGUGGGAACGCGUGAGGACAGGCUCGCGCUAUACCGGGGGUCUGGACAACGACCCGAGGCUGCCGGACCGCUAAAAAAAAAAAAAAAAAAAAAACCCACUGCACCCGGGAGAGCGGAGGAUCAGCGAGCACCCGCGCCCAGAGCAGAGAGCCCCACAAGCUGCUGCUGCAUUCACCUGCACCCUUCGCAGCUGCUGCAGCCCAGGGGUGCUCUGGAGCUUGCUCGAGCUGAAGAGCGGCUGGAAAACCGUAAAACAGGCCCGGGGCUCGGGACAGCCAGAAGUGGGAACUCCUGAGGUGCCGGGAUCUGCGGCGGCUUACAUAUAGAGCGGCCGACGCCCCCAGGUCCGGGUGACCUCGCCACCCGCGGGCACUGAUUCCUCCGCAGGUGCGCGCCUCUGGGCGGGAGGGGAGCGCCAUGGAGGCUCUUAGCAGCGCCGGUUUGCAUCAUCAGAAGUGAGGAGAUUCUGCUGGAGUCGGCGGGUCCCGCGGAUCAUGUACGGCGACGUGUUCAACGCCACCAGCGGGCCGGAGGCGGCGGGAAGUGGCGCGCUGGCCCCCGGAGCCACGGUCAAGGCAGAGGGCGCUUUGCCGCUGGAGCUGGCCACCGCGCGUGGAGUGCGGGACGGCUCGGCCACCAAGCCCGACCUGCCCACCUACCUGCUGCUCUUCUUCCUCCUGCUGCUGUCGGUGGCGCUCGUUGUCCUCUUUAUCGGCUGCCAGCUGCGCCACUCGGCCUUUGCUGCGCUGCCCCACGAUCGCUCGCUGCGCGACGCCCGUGCGCCCUGGAAGACGCGACCGGUAUAGGGCUAAAGGAAUUAGGGCCGCGGGGAGCUUGGUCUUGGCCUUGCGGGAAACCUCCAGCAGAAGCAGAGUAGGGUGGGACCUGGAGUCGCCCAAGGACCCUUUCGGAUCUGGAGAAUAAGGGGUGUUAGCAGGUUGCAUGGGGUCCUGGUCCCAGAGCCUAAAAGUACUCCCUAGGCCAGUCUCUCCUCCACCCCCUCCCUACAGCCGGUCCUGUCAGGAAACAACCCGGAAAGACCCACCCAGGCACCGGAGACUUGCUUGCCUGGUGAGUUCCUGACUUUGCUCGCAGAGGGGCAGCAGGCACCGUGAGCGCAAGACUAAUCAGGAGCUGACUGUCCGGUCUGGACUCCCAAGCCUGAUGGCUGUCCUCUGCAGCUGCUAACGCCUUUCUCGCUCCUUGACACUGGGGAUCUGACAGAGAAAGGUUUCAGUGUAUCCCACUUGGGUCCCAGUACCCAGUUUCCCCUGAGAGCAGCGGCUAAGGGACCGGUGGAGGGACAAGUGAUUACAGCCGCCGCGGGGUGCUGCACCGGAGAGUCUGCACCUCAGGCCAUCAUGGAGCACAUUUCUACAAUAAAAGCUCACCAAAUUAGAUCCAGCACAGAAAGCACUGAUCAUUGGUCGCACCGUUUUGGAAAGGGAAUAGGAGAGGGCCCGUCCCCAGGAGGAAUAGGCCUACCUCCCCUGCGAGGGUCAGGUCAGUCUGAGCAUAUCUGCUCUUUGGUUUCCUUUAGCUUUUUGCUUGCUCUGGAAAGUGUUUGCUUUCGGGUUUUGUUUGCUGGUAGACUCCAGGGAUAACUACUACCUGGUCUGCUGAAUACAUUCCUGUUAACUGGACCCCAUAGGGGCCCUCUCUGAGAGGCAGAUCUUUCUCUCACUCCUCUGCUCUCAGCGCUUUCUUGGGCUUGAAGCUUUCAGAGGUCCCAAGGCAGAGCCAGGGCUUAUAGAAGGUAGGUCCUGGAAAGGGAGGGAGUGGGGUAGCAUUGCCUCCAAAGCAGACAAAAGCCAGCCCUCAGAUUCCCCACAGGACGACUGCAUGGGGAUAAGGCAAAGAACUAGACCUGUGAGAGGCAGAUUUGUGACAGCCUUGACUAUUUUCUAAGUUAGCCUGAUUCCCGGGAGGUGGGUUUUGUUUUGACACAGGGUCUCAUAGGCCUGGUCAGAAACAGGCCAGGAACUCACAGAGGUCUGCCUGCCUCUGCCUCUUGAAUGUUGGGAUUAUGGGCAUAGACUACCUGACCCCACACACACACUGCCACCCCCCACCCCAUGCCCUGCCAGGGAGUUAUUUUAAUGGGCGAGUAGAAUACUUCCAGGAGCUGCUGGGCUUAAAGAAGUUCAUUUCACUUGAGCUUAAGAGACAUUUUUUUUGCUGAGAAAGAAUUUGACAUAUUAAUCUUGGACUGUGCUGGAGUUAGGAAAGCUUUGUGGACCAGAAGCAGGAAAAGCACAUUUGCCCCCACCCAAGUGCACACAUGCAGAAUUCUGCAACAUUCAUAAGGGGUUUUGGACAUGUUCAGGUGGCCAAGCAGGAGGCUCCGUGAGACUAAGCAGGGCUCUCCCCCACUGCUCCUACCCUUACCCUAGAGGAAGGAGGUGGCAGGACGACUUGGUUACACAGCAAGGCUCUAGAGCUCUGAAUUCCCACAGCCUUGGGUCCUUGUUGGGACGCCUCCUCUGUGCCAUCUCCUCCCAGCAUCUUAGAUUAUUAUUCAGAAAUGGAGCCAAACAUCUUCAAGUCUUCUAGAAGGAUAGUCCAGCUAAUCCACACAUACCCUGAUUGCAGAGACGGUCUGAGAGUGUAAAUAGGUAAACCAUGAGUCCCGGUAGCACACCAAAAUCACAAGCUCAGGGCUGGGGACUGGGAGAGGUAGGGUAUGUAGGAACAGGACUUCCAUCCUGAUGGUCGACUUUGAAGGUGUUGUGCUGAGGAGUCCCAAUUCAGGCUCUGCUCUAACCCUCUGGCUUAAACUCCCUAUGACCAUGUAUGAAGCAUUUAGCCUAUGUCCUGUGACCUCGUCCAUGAAAUGGCUAUCAGGUCGUUUCUGAUCUGCCAGGAAAUAUACUACACCACUGUCACAGCCUGAACAACACAGGCAUAGAAUGAGUUCUCAAAGGUUAGCUGUUCUUGUCACCGAGGGACAGAUCUGAGGCCAAGAGAAGACGCUGCCUCCCAGACAGGAUGUGCUCACUUACAGCUCCAUCUUCUGUGGCCGCAAGAAAAAGCAAGGGCCUGUCCCCUCAAAGAAGAGCAUGCCCGAGUAACUGGCUAGAAGUCACCUGUGGUUCCUAGGGGACUACUGGCUGACUAUAGCCACAGAGAUCCAGCACUAUUAGGAUCCCUUAUAAAAUAUGGAGCAAGGUGACAAGAGGUGCUUGCUUCUGGAAUAAACUCUCAGAUAACUGGGCCUACACAGGGCUAGAAUCUAGAGCCAAGUCAGUAAGAGCACCGUGUGCCUCAGCUGCUAUUCUGAAUAACUCCAUUCCGUUUUCUAGGGUAGCAUUGGGCUGGCUGAGCAGUAAUAUUUCUUCUUCGUAUUGGACCUGGAUUCCCCCAGAGCAGGAAAAUACGAUCUAUCUGUCCUCUGCUAAUAUGUAAGCGAUGGAUCACAGUGUGAUGAUUACAGUUUAGAUAGUAUUGUGGACUGAAUACGUAUGUUCUUCCCAAAUUUGUACUUGAAGGUCCUGAGUCCCAGAGUGGCUACAUUCAAACUAUGGAAUUGGAGCUUCCUGAGGUCAUGGCUGAAGCCCGACCCACUUUUUGUUCCCUGUAGCUGAGAAGGCUACAUGAGCAUACACAGAGAUGCUGGCCAUCUAUAAACCCUCAUCAGACACCAAAUUAACCAGAGCCUUGAGACUGGACUUACAGCUUCCAGAACUAUGGGAAAAUAAAUUUUUGUUGUCUAACCUA